GCAAUCUAUGGUUGCUAAGCAACCCCCGUGACGCAGCACGUAGAAGUGCGUUGUCUCUAUGGCUGCGGAGGACGCAAUAGUAAUCCUGCCGCUUGCUUGAUUGCUGUGGUCUUUUGUACACAAUGUUUUAUACUCCACGAUGACAGCUGAAUACAAAGACAAGAUUUGAGUGAUCACCAGAAACAAGGUGAACGUCAGUUAGCGUCAGUAUAACCUUGUUAUAGUUACUCCGCACCAUGUUUCACAAGGAAAAGAGCAUCCAGCUUAAAAACAGCGCAUCGGCGCUGUACAACAACCUGAGCGUGCUUCGCAUCGCUCCGAGGCGCCUUACCUAUUUCACAGUCGUCCAUGCAAACGUUGUGAACAUGGUAAGCACGUCCUGGGACGGCCUCAACUACUCCCACCGUCAGCUGCAGUCCAAAGAACCCAAUGUUGCCACAAGCACAUCGCUCAUCAUGCAGGCGGCUUUCUGUGCUUUACCCUCUCGUGAUUUGCUGGUGGUGUCUUCUCAAAAAGGCAUCCAGAUGUAUGAAUCUGACGGCUCAAUCAUGGUGUACUGGCAUGCUCUGGACACGCCGGAAGCACCUACAGAUCAUGCAGUGUUUGCUCGGGGAAUAUCAGCUGUCUCUGACAAUUACAUAUGUGUUGGGGUCUCAUCGGGGGCAGUUCUGGUGUUUGAUGUUCCCUCUAAAGGGAGCAACAUUACCCUGUCUGAGGUAUUGGAGGAGCACAAAGAAGCCAUCACUGAUAUUGCUUCAGAGUGUUCUGGCAGCCAGGAGUGCUUAGCUAAUCUGGUCACUGCAGAUGAUGGCGGGAACAUGUGUGUGUGGAAGUCUGGAGAGGAAUUUCAACUGCUUAACAAGAUCCCUGGUUUGGACAUAACCUGCUCAUCUGUCAAGCUGUGGAAAGGUACAGUGUUGGCGGGCUAUGGCACAGGUCAGAUCCGUCUCUACGAAGCGGUGACGGGAAUUCUUCACGCUGAGGUCAACGCUCACGCUCGCUGGAUCUACUCUCUGGACGUUGCUCCCUUUUCUGGUCUGCUUCUGUCUGCAGCUGAGGAUUCCUUUGUUAGGGUUUGGCACCUGGCUAUUACACCAGAGACCAACAGUGUGGAGAUCGCCCACUUACACAAUGAAUGUGUGACAGAUACACAGAUUUGUGGCGCUAAAUUCUGUGAUGGAGAUGGUUAUGCUUUUGCAGUGACAGGUUAUGAUCUGAGUGAAAUCAUACGGUUUGUACAGUCGUAGUUCUUUGUCCUGUGUAAUGCUAAGGGCAUGAAUGUGAAUUUGAUAUUUAGUACUUUUAUAUGAAGUGUAUAUUAAACAUAGGCUUUCCAAAAGGGAGCAUUUUGUGAUUUUUUUUUUCUGUGUUUGCCUUUAUAAAUAGCUCAAGCAGAUUUUAAAUGACUAAGUAAUGCAAAGAAUCUUAACUUUUUGUGUCUAUUUUAUGUAGAAAGUUAUAUAAAUGUAGUUUUGUUUAUUGUUUACAAAGGCAACAUUAAACACUUGAAGAUUGAUUUUGUGGUUUGGCUUUAGUCUCUAUUUCAGCAUGUAAGCAGAAGAUGGAGCUCUGUGGCAAACAUAUGUAGAAGGCCAGUGUUCUUGUAGUUCAUACAAAGUCCACU